AUAAUGAUGCAACGACCCCUCUUUAUUUGCAGAGUCUUGCGGCUUUCGUUUCCAAAGCAAAGAUCCUGAUUCAACAAAACUCUGAAACUCAGUUCAGAAUCAUCCAUGGAGAGCGACGACGACCUUGCGAUAUUGCCUUCAUCUCCCGUCCUCGAACGAAAGCUGAAGCGUUUGAAGAAAGCAAGUAAGCUUCCCGAACCUUCUUAUCCUCCAUCCUCGCCUGCUGUUUCUUAUGAAUCCAGAAAAUGCGAAAAACACUUCACGGUGUCAAACGGAGGAUUUGGGUCCGAUCAUGAAGAUCAGGUGCCAAGUCCUAGUCCAGGUCCUCGGUCCGGCUUUCCAAGUGGCGUAACCGUCAAAGAUGAUGAUUUGGGCGCGAAGAGGGUUCUCGAUUUUGAUUCUGUAAUUCAGGAACACGAAAAGGUCGAUGGUGAGAGUCAAGAGGUUAGGGAUUUUGAUUCUGUAAUUCAGGAACACGAAAAGGUUGGUGGUGAGAGUCAAGAGGUUAGGGAUUUUGAUUCUGUAUUUCAGGAACACGGAAAGGUUGUUGGUGAGAGUCAAGAGGUUAGGGAUCUGAAGGCCGGCAAUGAUUUUAUGGCUUUGAAUACCGACGAAGUAGAGAGGAAACGACGUAGUUUAACUGACAUGCCAGAGAAGAAAAAGAAGAGGAUUGUCAGCAGUGAUGGAAGUGAAAAGAAGUCUAAAGAAUCUGCCAUCAACAAGAGAAAAGCCGAGAAGGAACGGCGAGAAACUAUGAAAAAUCUUCGAGCCGAGUCUCAAAGGCUCCUUCGAGAAACUAGAGAUGCGGCUUUUAAACCUGCUCCUCUCGUUCAAAAGCCAAUUUCUUUGAUAUUAGAUAAAAUUCGGCAGAGGAAAUUGGAGAUUUUAAAGAAAUCUAGUGCUUCUUCUGAAGAUGAUGACGAUAACCUGAUGGAUGAGGGGGUAGCUGAUUAUGUAGAAAAGGAUGAACCGGAAGAAAUGCCAGCUACUUGCCCUACACCCGCGAAGAGUGAUUCUGGGACGUUAAAUGUUGAAUCUGGCGUUGCUAAAGAUAAUCUUUGUUCGGGAAGCAUUCUUUCUCCCACAGCCAUGGGUUCGGAGCCUGAACAUGCAUUUCGAGCUCCUAUUGGUGAUACACAGGAACUCUUCUCUGAUUCCGAAAGAAGUGAGACUAAGGAAGAUGCCGUAAACGAGAAGUCAAACAAUCCUUCGGAAGAAGUUUUUGCCCCAUCAUUGCUAUCGAUGAACUUGAAACUUGAUUCUGCUUGUCCGGAUGAUGAUGACUCUUCUGAUGAAGAGGACAACGACAAGGAGAACGUAGAUCCACUUGUACAUGGAUCAGUUCACUUGACUUUACUGUCAAAUGGGGACCCUGUUAGGGCUUUUGUUGAUGAAGAAGCAGAAGAGGAGGAUGACAGUGAUCAUGAUCUACAGCGCUUCCAAGAUACUGAAGGUGAAGAAGACAAUGAUGAUGAUAUCGAGGAACUUAAUGACAUGAUUGCAACUCAAUGUGAUGAAAAGCCAAAUGAUAAAGAAAAGCGUGACCAACUCCACCAACAGUGGCUUCAACAACAAGAUACAGCUGGAGUGGAUAGUGUUCUCCGGAAACUAAAUUGUGGCUCAAAAUUGAAAGAAACACCAUCAGUCGAAGAGGAAGAUGAGGAAAGCAGGGAAAAUGAAAGUGAUGAUGACGAUGAAGAUGAUGAAGCUGAAGAAUAUGCUGCUCCAGCAGAAUCCUUGAGGGCCACUCUGAAAAAGAUGAAGCAGAUGAUCCCACAGAUGUUUUCAGAUAAAGAUGAUAAAUAUGUAUCAUCUGAUGAUGAAGAGACUGAGAAGCUAGCUAGACAACGCCUCUAUUAUAAAACUCAGGAAGAGAAAGCUACAUUCUUUUCACCAGCUGAGGACGAAAGUAGCAAGGGUGUUUUCAGUCUCAUAAAGAAAUUAAAUGUGCCCGAUACUAAGAGAAAAGGAAGAACUACUUCCAUCUUUGCUAUGCCAACCAGUGGACAGAACAUACAAAUAUCAUCAAAGUCAUCUUUUGUCGGUCGGGCUUCAGAUCGUUUUAUGCCCACUUCUGGAAAGCAUGGAUCAUGCAAAGUCCGAUCAUUUGUAUUUGGUCGAGAUGACAGCGACAGCAGAAGUUCGUAUUUGAUGUCAGAGGAUUCUUCUGAUGCGAUUCCAAGGGAAAGCCAACCACCGAAAGCGGCUUCCACCAAGUUCCAACGAAAUACACAGAACCAAAAUACUACCUCGAAUUCUACAUCUCAAGAGUCAAAUGUAUCUCUUUUGGAUAUAUUAAGGAAGUCUUCCCAUCUUUCAGAGCACAGUUUGCAGAAUUCCAAAGUUCAACCAAAGGCAUCAAUAUUUGAUGCAUUCAAGUUAGUGAAGAAGCCAACCAAGGCGUAGGCCAGAAUUUGAUGAAAACAUCGGUUAUAUUCGUAUGGUUAAACCUUUAAUCUUUCAUCGAUUAUCAUCUAAUUUACUUCGACCCUGAAAUAAUUGAAAAAAGAUAAAUUCAGCGUAUGUGAAAUAAUGGGAAAUUUUUGUUUAUUUUUU